AUGAAGUUCCUUGUCGGUGCAGCCGAAUCUGGCUCACGUCGUGAUCAGGAAGUUCUCCACUAUCUCGAACAUGUUCGAGAGGUGUGGCAUCGACUCUUGCGUGGUGAUAAAGCAGCUCUGCAAAAGGUCGAUCAAGACACUGUGAAAGCACUCGAGCUUCGAGCUCCGCGAUACUCCCGGCGAGAGUCCCUGCUUCUCUACGGGCAGAUGCUCAGUGGUCAAAUCUUUGGUGCUUUCAGCAGAGAAGAGCGUGAAGAGAUCUGGCUCGAUUUGCGUUCCAUCGAUGGUCUGAUCCCUUCCCUCUUCACAUUCUUUGAGGACCUCAAGUACCUCAGUGCUCCUGCAAAUUGUUUGAAACAGUUGGUACAUGUGUCACGUAGAGACACGCUGCGUACUGCUUUCCAGCGAAAGUUCGCAUACAGCGAGGUUGCAGAGGAACAGAGCAUUAUCGAAGUAGCCGAGUCAACCUUUUCAGUCAAAGCAGGAACAAUGGGCAACCGGUUUGACCUAUGCUAUCGACAACUGUGGCUCUUCGCAAUGCGUCAUUACAAAGCGAUACCUAUCGACGCGAGUAAGAAGGGAAAAGAUUUGUUGGCUAAAGCUGGGCCAGAGAAAGCAGAUGAGGCAAUUUUAUCAGAUUUCGUUGUCCUUGCUCAACGACUAGGAUUUGAAUCCAAGGAGAUCCAAGAAUUGAGCCGGCAAUCGUCAGAUUGGCAGAUUGCACGCAACGCCCUGCUGAAGGCUCGCAAACCUGAUCGCUACCGCUAUAACGAAGCUCAUCUGGAGGACUAUGUCGGGCGAAUCGUGGAGUUAUUCAUGACUGCCACACCGCUUCCUGUCGGACCCCUCAGUCCAGUCUUGGUUUCUGGAGAUCCUGACGCAGCAGGAAAUCGGUGUGGCUUCCCCGAUGAGGAUGCUCAGGAACAGGACAGCAGGUUCCUUUUCUUGCCUUAUCUUCACGACGAGGGCAGCGAGGUAGGACAGGAGAUUACCUCAUUUUUCGUCCGUCGAUCUGUCUAUCAAGCUUUCUUCGGCAAAAUUUCGGACCUCGCGUUGGAAAACAUCCCUGAUUACCUGCUACGAGGCUAUCCUUCAUCCAGUCAAACCAUCAUUUCCACUUCCGAGUUGUCGCAAAGUAAUGAUGUGGAGUGUACAGAUUGGCAAAUAUCCAGAACGACACAGCCAGAACUCCAUGAAACCGGUGGACAACGUCAUGAACAGCUAGAACAGCAGCGAGUCGAAAUAGAGAGGUUAGAGAGACUAGAACAACAGCGGCUCGAGCAGGAGCAACGUGAGAAGGAGCAACGUGAGAGGGACCAACGUGAGAAGGAGCAACGUGAGAAGGAGCAACAUGAGAAGGAGCAACGUGAGAAGGACCAACGUGAGAAAGACCAACGUGAGAAGGAAGAACAGGAGAAAGAGCAGCGCGAGAAGGAAGAACAGGAGAAAGAGCAGCGCGAGAAAGAGCAGCGCGAGAAAGAGCAGCGCGAGAAAGAGCAGCGCGAGAAAGAAGUACGCGAGCAGGAACAACAGCGACUCGAACUCCUGGUGCUACGACGGCUUGAGCAGGACCAUGAGCAGGACCAACGUGAGAAGGACCAACGUGAGAAGGACCAACGUGAGAAGGACCAACGCAACCAAGAAGAACUAGAAACAAGGCGACUUGAGAAGGAGAAAUUCGACCAGGAAUCGGCAAUGCACGAAUCAUUCCGACAAAAAUCUGUGGCUUCUGGGGGGGGAUAUUUUAGGCAUGUGGCGGACCAUUCUGCCUUGCUCAAACCUGGCGUGGAUGCAAAAAAGCCCCCUCUUGAUGACAAGCGGCAUACCCCGUUACAAAAACCAGUCAAUCAACCACAGGUACCCGAGCAGCGAGUGGGCCAACGAGGUUUGAACUCAAAUCCUAAGCCAACCAAUUUGAAGCCAACCAAGAAAUAUGGUGGAGGCGUGUUACGAUCAGAUGAAGAUAAUGACGGUAGGAUUCCUCGUACACUCAUGAACGAUCAGUCGGCUAGACAACGGGUAGGUGUUGACGUAUAUUCUUUGUUCAGCGAACUAACUUUAUAG